AUGAACGGUGAAGAACUUGUCCUUAACGACACAGUGGAGAAUUCUGACGUUUCAAAUGUUGAUAUGCAAUCUGAUAAACCCGACGAUGUAACAGUAGUUGAACAUUCGCCAAUUGAUCAACAAACAGAAGUCAACUACAGAAUUUGGAAAAAGAAUGCCCCAUUUCUCUAUGACUAUAUAACAACCCAUUCCUUGUUAUGGCCAAGUUUGACAGUACAAUUUUUUCCAGAUUUAGAGAAGCCUUUAUCUAAGGACGCUAUGUUGGAUCCAUUCCAAGACUUCAAAAAGGCUGAUUCAAAUGGUUCUAAAUCAGAGAAUGAAGCGUCCAUGCAAAGAAUUUUACUUGGUACAUUUACUCUUGGCCAAUCGACAGACAGUAUUUCAAUUCUUCAGUUGCCAUAUUAUACUAAUUUAAAUAAAAAUCUCACCAUAGAUAAACUAGACUAUAAUCACGAAAAAGAAGAAUUUGAAUUAACAAAGAUAGCAAAGAAGAAAAUCAAUGUUCUACAGAAGAUAAAUCAUUGGGGUGACGUUAAUAAACUGAGAUAUAUGCCCCAAAACCCUGACGUCAUUGCAAGUUCUAAUAAUUUGGGUAACCUAGUGAUUUAUGACAGAACCAAGCAUGCUAGUUUUAAGAAUAGUUUGAUAGGCGAAGAUACGGAAAUAAACAAGCCUCAGUUGCAUUUAAUUAAUGAAUGGAACCCGUCUGAUGCUGAUAUAUUUGCCAUUGAUUGGAACAAACAAAAAGAAGGCGUGAUAAUAUCAGCGAAUAUGGAAGGUAAUAUUAACUUAUACGAUAUUAAAAGUAAAUUUACCUCCAAGGAUGUGCAGACCAUAAAUGAAUCACAACAUUUUGGUAAUUCAAAUAUUGCUAUAAACGAUAUAGAAUGGAUACCGAACCAUGACUCCAUUCUCACCUACGUUGAUGAUCAGGGAAGUAUUAAAUUACUUGAUGUAAGAUUACCAGAACAUCAACUGUUAGUUCUUCAGCACCAAAAAUCAAACAAAGGAAUUAACAGUGUGAGUGUUAAUCCAGGGAACCAAGCAUGUUUAGCUACAGGAGAUAUUGAUGGUAUGAUAGAUGUUUGGGAUAUUAGAUCGUUUGGUUCAGGUAAUGCAAACAGUGUAUAUAAUAUUAAAAAACAACAUGAAGGAUCCAUUACACAAUUGAAAUGGCAUCCAAAAUAUCAUAAUAUUUUAGCAUCUUCAUCUAGUGAUAAGCUGGUUAAGAUAUUUGAUUUAAAUACAAUUGAAGAGGAGGAAGGGCUCAUUUUUACUCAUGCUGGACAUAUGUUAGGCGUAAAUGAUUUAGAUUGGUCUUUGCAUGACGAUUGGAUGAUGGCAAGUGUUGCAGAUGAUAAUUCUUUACAUGUUUGGAAACCUUCGAGUCAAAUAGUCAAGCAAUACAAAUCCAUAUAG